UUCUUACAAAUGGCGUAAGAAACUAUUAACUGAAGACUAUUAGAAUUAUAUAUUGUAUUAAUAACUAAUUGUUUAUAGUAAAAAGAUUGGUUGAUUGAGAGAAGUAUAUAAUUUCUGAAAUCGAGAUUCUGAGAAAUUGAUCAGAUCAACUAUUGGCGAAGAAAAAAUUCGAUUCUCUUAGAGCGAAAGAGUGAGAAUAAGAGAAUAACACGAAAUCGAGCUAUUAACGUGUCACACAUUAUUUCCACUUAACGUGGCAUCGUUUCUCUAUAAUUCCCCUACUCUUUAUUACUUUUGCCUCGCAACUGAGAAGCUGCAUUUCAAUCAACAUUGAAUCUUAUUGUAUACAACGUUUUACCAUAAAUAAUACCAAAACUUGGUAUAAACUUGGUAUAAGUCGUAUACGUUAAACGUGGAAUUUUUAAUAAAAAUAUUAUUUUAUAUUUUUAUAUAAUGGGUCGAAGAAAAAGUAAAAGAAAGCCACCAAGUAAAAAAACAAUUCAACCAUUAGAUACACAAUUUAAUUGUCCAUUUUGUAAUCAUGAAAAAUCAUGUGAGGUUAAGAUGGAUAAAUCAAGAAACACAGCAAGAAUUACAUGUAGAGUUUGUUUAGAAGAUUUUCAAACGACAAUUAAUUUACUUUCGGAACCUUUGGAUGUAUACAAUGAUUGGAUUGACGCAUGUGAAAGUGCAAAUUGAAGAUUGUUGUUAUUUUGAUGUUUGAUUUAAAUUUUAUCAGAUUAUUACUGAUAGACUUAUUUAUUUCUUUGUUUUACUAAAUUGUAAACACUUUAUAAUAUAAUGAAUAUUAAAUUGCACACGAUAGAUAAGUAAGAACUUUGCUAUAUACUUAUAUAUACUUAUAUAUUAAUGAAAAGAC